GACGCUGCGGCUGUUAAUUUCUCGUUGCUAUAAUUUGCAAUUAUGCCUGAACCUAAAGCCGCUCCUGCUCCCAAGAAGGGCUCGAAGAAAACCGUUUCUAAAAGCCAGGCGAAGGGAGGAAAGAAACGCAGAAAGACUAGGAAGGAAAGCUAUUCCAUCUACGUGUACAAAGUACUGAAGCAAGUUCAUCCCGAUACUGGCAUUUCUUCUAAAGCGAUGGGUAUCAUGAACUCGUUUGUGAAUGACAUUUUCGAGCGCAUCGCCGGUGAGGCUUCUCGCCUUGCUCACUACAACAAGCGCUCAACCAUUUCUUCCCGGGAAAUCCAGACUGCUGUGAGGCUCCUGCUACCGGGAGAGCUUGCUAAGCACGCCGUGUCCGAGGGCACCAAGGCAGUUACAAAGUACACCAGCUCCAAGUAAACGGCAAAUGCUUGCUUAAAACCAACGGCUCUUUUAAGAGCCAC